AUGCGUUACCCAUUCUUCGAUCAACAGACGGGAACAGCUCAUCGCUUUAAUCCUGUAUUCUACCGCUUCCCUGCUCAACGUGUCACCUCUACUGAUCCGAACAUCGUUGUGCAGUACACGACUCAUCGCUGGCGUCGUCGGCAGUCCACAAACUCAUCGGAUGCUAUCGAAAUGAAAAUGUUUCUUCGUGAUAAUCCAGCCCUUGAUGCAGCUCUUAAUACUACAACAUCAACAAAUCAAAUCGAGUCAAAUGAUUCUCUGUUUGAUUAUGGACAAGGAAAAGGAACUCCGAAGGGCCUCUUUGAUUACACUGAGGAAGGAGAUGAUGACGCAUCAAAUGAUGAUGGUGGCAGUGAUGAAGAGGAUUGGGGUUCGAAGCGCAAAAGUCGCAAAGCUCAUAGCAGUUCGUCCGGUGGCGGAAGCAGCUCAAAAAACAAGAAGAAGGCGAGUGACUCCUCGAAAGGGGGGCGAAGUAGCGCCGCGGCAGCGAGUGCGGCGCAGGACGCGGCGGAAGAUGCAAUGAAUUACCUCUGCAAAUUGUGCACAGCGUCCUACAAGAGUCUUGCGGGCUUAGCUUAUCACAAAGCUUUUCAACACCACAUACCUUUACCUUUUGGUGUUAACGUAGAAAUCUCCUCUCAUCUUGAAACAUCUUCGAUCUGUGAUUUGUGUCUUGGCAGCAAACACAUGAACAAGAAGACGAAGAAAGCUGAGGAUCUCGUGGUUUGUCAUGAUUGCGGAAGAUCUGGUGAGUGGGACCCCAGGAGUGUCUCGUUCGCAUAA